CCCAAUCCAGCGCUUAAGCACUUAAGUACCCCAUGCGGACAAUCAUACGAUCUCUAUCCUUGACAUCCAUUGGCUUGCGCCACUGUAGCGCCAGAGCGACCCGCAAACCCAAUAUUCAUGAUUACAGACCUCAAGAUCGUUGUCCAGUAGCUCACACGCAAAUCUAGCUUUGCCUUCUCGCUAUUAAAAGUGAUCUAUCAUGGCUUCGUUGACUCCGCCACAGGCUCCUCCUAAGUGGAAUCAUACCCCGGAAGAGGUGCUGAGUAUCACCAGGCAGGCACUUGCGCAGAAUAAGGCAGUCAGUAACGAAGUCGCGGCUCUCCCGGAGGCUGAAUGCAAUUUCGACACCGUACGUUUACCGCUUGCUAAUGCAGAGGCAGAAGUCCUCAUCAUUUGUGGGCCUCUCAGAUUUUACCGGAACGUCUCCACCUCCAAAGAACUCCGAGAUGCUUCAAACCAAGCGGAAGUUCUUCAGCGGGAUUUCGAUGUCGAGGAAUCAAUGCGUCCUGACGUGUUCAAAGCCAAGGCUGCCGCAGAGAAACAUCUGCGCGAAUCAGGUGAAUGGGAGAAGCUGAGUGAUGAGCAGCGUAGGCUCGUGGAGAAGAUGAUGUCGGAUGGCAAGAGAGCUGGUCUUGCGCUCCCUGAGAAGGUGCGCGAGGUGCUGAUGAAGUUGAAGAAGGAGCUCUCGCAAGCUUGCUUGGAUUUCAACAAAAACUUCAAUGAAGAGGACGGUCUCAUCUCGUUCACACUCGAAGAGCUUGAUGGAGUUCCGAGUGAUGUCAUCUCGGGCUACAACAAGCGCACUGAGGGCUCAAAAGAAGUCUAUGACGUCACCUUCAAGACGCCAGACAUCUUCCCAAUCUUCAAAUUCGCGCAUAAUCCAGCCACGCGACGCAGUGCUCAAGAAGGAUAUGAAGACCGACUCAAACAAAAUGUGCCUUUACUUGAGAGGGCGCUUGACCUCCGUCGGCGCAUCGCCGCGAUGCUUGGCUAUGACACAUGGGCAGACUACAUCACCGAAGUGAAGAUGGUCAAGUCUGGUAAGAACGCCCAGGACUUCCUAGAUAACCUUGAGGCGAAGCUGCGCCCUGUCGGAGAGAAAGAGCGCAAAAUUCUCCUUCAGCUCAAGAAAGAGGAACACGAGAAGCGCGGACUUCCGUUUGAUGGCGAGUUCUACAUCUGGGACUACAGGUACUAUGACCGCGUCUAUAUCGAGAAGACACUCAACCUCGACGAAUCUCUUGUGAAGGAAUAUUUCCCGGUCUCCGUCGUUGUUCCCACGAUCUUGAAGAUAUAUCAGGACCUGCUUGGAGUCAAGUUCAUUGAGAUCAAGGAUGUCAACAAAGAUGUCUGGCAUCCAGACGUGCAACAGUUCGCUGUGUGGGAGAACGACGCCAGAGAUGAAUCUGCAUUUGUAGGAUAUUGCUACCUUGAUUUGUUUCCCCGCGUUGCAAAGUACUCUCACGCAGCUGUAUGGGGCCUUCUCCCAGGCUAUGAGCUACCGUCGGGCAAACGUCACUACCCGCUGAGGGCAAUGGUAGCGAAUCUCGCAAAGCCAACUCCCGAGCGGCCUGCUCUAAUGCGACAUGACGACGUAACAACAUUCUUCCAUGAGAUGGGCCAUGUUUUCCAUGGAUUACUGAGUCGGACGAAGUACGCGCGGUUUCACGGUACAUCCGUGGCAAGAGACUUUGUUGAGGCGCCGUCGCAAAUGCUCGAAAAUUGGUACGUGUUCUGGACAAUCCUGAAGGAAUGUGCUAUCGGAAGAGUGCCAACGGCAUGGAGCAGGUGCUGGGAGCCCAAAGUACUCGAGAAAAUAUCUAGCCACUACAAGACACAGGAGUCGUUGUCGCCGGAUUUAACAGAUAAGCUGAUAAGGAGCCGCUACGUAAACGUUGGGUUAUACUACCUUCGACAACUGUUCUUUGCCAAGUUUGAUCUCAAAGUGCACGUGGAUAAAGAGGCUGCAGAUUAUACCAAACUCUGGAAUGCCCUGCGUGAAUCGAUCUCACUCGUGAAAGGGGGGAAAGCCCAGCCAGGACAAGGCACUUUUGGACAUAUCGUCCGUGGCUAUGAUGCAGGGUACUAUGGGUACACAUACUCUCUCGUAUUUGCCGCGGACAUGUAUGCGACAGUUUUCAAGAAGGAUCCAUUGAACCCUGCUUUGGGCAAGCUUUACAGGGAUAAGAUUCUCCUGGUGGGAGGUAGUCGGGAUGAAACGGACUCACUUGAGGACUUCCUGGGUCGAUCGCCGAACUCGGAUGCAUUCUUAGAGGAAAUUUUUGGGACAGUUGCUAAGGCAAGCCUCUAAGGAAUGAGUCAAAGCAGUGAGGUCCUCGCAACGUCUACAAUAAGUCUGAUGAUUAGAGGCGAGCAGGCUAGUCUAUAUAGACUUAGUGAUACGUCGGAUACCUAUAAACAUCGGAUACAUCAAUGUUAUCACUCACCGAGUUGCUUUGGAGUCCCUGUUAUUCAUGUAGAACAUGUGGAUGUGGUCAUGGCGGCAAUUGAG